UAUUUCCCGGUGAAAAUUAGGAAAUUGGAGGUAAAUAGCAUCAAACUUUUUCCAAAUAGCUUCAAACAAAGGCAGGAAAUUGGAGAGGGUGAAUGGUGAAGGCAUUGGGGAGUCCAAAUAAAAAUGAGAUUGAGUUGGAAGUGACUAUACUCAGUUCUCACAUAGCAAAAGCAAUGAAGCCUUCCUCCUUCAUUUGGGUUUGGGCCUCCCUUGCUAUCCUUCUCCUCGCUAUUAUUGCAUCUUUCCCCUCUAAAUGGAGCUCCUCUUCCAUGGCCGCCGACUUGCUUCUGACCAAUGCCCUCAUUUUCACCAGCGACGAUUCCAUUCCUUUUGCCGAUUCCAUGGCUAUCGGCCGCGGAAGAAUUCUCCGAGUUGGCAACUACUCCUCUCUAAAGGCGCUGGUGGGUUAUAGUACAAAAGAGUUGAAUCUGAAUGGAAAAAUUGUGGUGCCUGGAUUUAUUGAUUCCCAUGUGCACUUAAUUUCAGGUGGACUACAGUUGAUGCGAUUGCAAUUCCGAGGCAUAAAUAAAAAGGAUGAGUUUGUGAGAAGAAUUGCAGAAGCAGCAGAAAAUAGAAAACCAGGUUCCUGGAUUUUGGGUGGCGGUUGGAACAAUGAUCUAUGGGGAGGAGAUUUGCCAACUGCUUCUUGGAUUGAUGAUAUUACUCCAAAUAAUCCUGUUUGGUUACCAAGAACUGAUGGUCAUAUGGGCUUGGCAAAUUCAGUGGCACUAAAGUUUGUUAGGAUUGAUAAUUCAUCAAAAGAUCCAGAUGGCGGAGCCAUUAUGAGAACUGCGUCUGGAGUACCUACUGGAUUGCUGAUUGAUUCUGCAAUGAAACUUGUUGUCUCAUAUAUUCCGGAGCUUUCUAUCGAUGAAAGAAGGGAAGCUUUGCAAAGAGCCAGCAGUCUUGCCUUGAUGAAGGGUGUUACAACUGUUGUUGACAUUGGGAGAUAUUUUCCUGGAACCUCUGUGGAUCGUCCAUGGGAAGAUUUCUCAGAUGUUUAUCAAUGGGCAGAUUCUUCCAGGAAGAUGAGGGUCAGAGUUUGCUUAUUUUUUCCAUUAGAGACGUGGUCACGUUUACAUGAUGUUGUUAACAGAGUUGGCAAGUCCAUAAGCAAAUGGAUAUACUUGGGUGGUGUCAAAGCUUUUGCUGAUGGAUCUUUAGGUUCUAAUAGUGCCUUGUUUCAUGAGCCAUAUGUUGAUGAGCCUGAAAAUUAUGGUUUACAAGUGGCGGAUUAUGAAAAGCUGUUCAACAUGACUUUAGCUGCUGAUAACCAUAGGCUACAGGUUGCCAUUCAUGCUAUAGGUGAUAGAGCAAAUGACAGGAUCCUUGAUAUGUAUGAAUCCAUAAUUUCUAAAAAUGGAAUAAGGGAUCGAAGAUUCCGGAUUGAGCAUGCCCAGCAUCUUGCACCUGGGACUGCAGACCGGUUUGGUGAACUAGGGAUUAUUGCUUCAGUACAGCCAGAGCACCUAUUGUAUGAUUUUGAAUCUGCCACAAAAAAGCUUGGAUUUGAUAGGGCUCAAAAGGGUUCUUAUUUGUUUGGGUCGCUUCUAAGUGGCAAUGCUACUUUAGCAUUUGGUUCAGACUGGCCUGUUGCAGACAUAAAUCCCUUAGGCAGUAUCAGAACAGCGAUGACUAGAAAAUCUCCUGCAUGGGAAAGUGCAUGGAAUCCUUAUGAAAGUAUUUUGAUGAAUGAUGCAUUAAAGGCGCAUACAAUUUCAGCUGCUCGUGCAUGUUUUCUUGACAAAGAUAUUGGGUCUAUAUCACCUGGAAAACUUGCAGAUUUUGUUGUUCUUUCAACUGAUUCGUGGGAUGAGUUCGCAUCAGUAGGAUCUGCGUCGGUUGAAGCCACUUAUGUAGCUGGAAUACAGGUCUAUCCCUGAUAGUAUGCUGCCGGUGCAGAGAAGAGGGGGUAUGUAUGUAUGUGAUAUAUUACACAUCAGAUCUUCAUCUUCAAGGCCAUUUAUGGUAAUCAUAUGCUCUAUUUGUAACAUGGAAUUUUCGAUGGAAAAGGUCGGAAAAAAGUUUUUAGGGAAUUUGUAGGUAUGUGAGUUAAAUUGUUAUGUAACUUUAGAGUAAGUAAAAUUUUCAUAAAUAGAUUAAUAUUUUAUAGAAAAGAAAAAUGAUGUAAGGAAUUUAUUUUUCCUAAUUGAAUUCAAACAAAAAAUGUGGGAAAAAGCUUGUUGUGAAGUUUAAUACAUUUUAGGAGAGAUUUUUUUAUGGGAGUUCAGCAUUGUGAAAUUUAAGGGUAUGUAUCAUUUUAAAUUAAUAUUUUGCAUUUUUUUCAAGAGAGUUUUAUAUUUUGCUUAGACUAAAUAGGAUUUUUUACCCUAGUACCACUUUCAAGUCGUAUCUCUCGAAUUUUCUCCCUUAUUAAAAAUUCUCUAAAACUACAGACAUUGCUGAAAUGUAGGACUUCCGUUUAUCAUACAUGCUAACCAAAUACUUACGUGGUACUUUACAAAUAAAAAAUAAUAAUUUAAAAAAUUAAAAAAAUAUUUUUUUAUUAAUAAUCAAUAAAUUAAAAGAAAUAAUUAAACCAUAAAUAACUUAUAAAAAAUAAUUAAAAACCAAAACAAUUAAAAUAAAUUAUUUCUUAUAUAUAUUUUUUGUUUUCUUUUCGUCCCUCCCUCUUCCAUACCCUAAAACCCCUUCUUCUCGUUCUCUUUUUCUUCAAGUUCUCCUUGCUAGCUUCAAUGGCAAGAGGCAUCUAGAAGCUUCUCGACACCGGCAAGAGGUGGAACUCACAGGUAGCAGUGGCAACGUAAUGACACAGGCCUGGGUGCAAAGAGCAAAGGUGCUGGUUCGGUAGAACUCACGGAAGAUCUGAUCUGGGUUUUUAUUUUGAGGUCUGCAACAUUUGGGGUCUCAGGGUGGAUUUGGGGAAGACAAAUCUUUUGGCUCAGUAGAUUGAUGGGGUCCGAUGGGGGCAGGUCCGAAGAGCUUCAGGUCUUUGAUGGGGUUGGAUUUCAGAUCUAUUUAUCUUUUUUACAUUUUUCUCUGAAUUUUUUAUUUCAAUACUUCCGAUGUGUAUUUUUCUUUCCCAAAAUGACAAGUGAUCUUUGAAUCACAUAUUUGAGACUUUUUUUUGCGAGUUUUUAUGGCAAUGUUAUGUGAUUUUUGAUGAACA